AUGGUUUCGUUCGUCUUGGUGGAAGCUGAGACGCAAGAGGUUCUUAUGAAUCUUAUUCAGUUUUUGACUGGCAGCUCGUUGAAAUUCACAGUAGCUUCUGAUCUACGACGACUUUUCGCCCGAACAUAUCUGGAUGUAGACGGCGCGGGUGCUGCCGAUGUUUCUUCAUCAAGUGAGAACGUGCCACCGGCUAGACCUGAGAUCAAUUCAUCCCAACAAUUUCACCAUGCAGUGUCGAAUUUGUUUGGAUUAGUAACAAAGCCGGAACCUGAAUCUUUUUCCCAAUGGGCGAAUCUGUCAGGACAUGUGGCACCUGCCGAGUCUAUGCAUUCCGAAUUAUUGUGUGGAACUUCUCCUUAUCUGGACACCUAUCCAUCAGCUAAUACAUCACUAGAAUCUCGUGCUCAUCAAAUGUUCGCCACUGAAGGAACGCAACGAGGUCUAAAACGACCAUGGAUUCACCAAAGCACGCCCACUCAAGGCCCUAUGGUUCUUCCUAAACAAGAAGAGAACGUUGAGAAAAAGGAGAAGAUGCGUGAAGUUGCCUGCCAGAUUUGUGGAAAACGAAUAACCAUGCGACGCUGCAAUCUUCGACAUCACGCUGCUGUGGUACAUUCGGGAAUUGAAAGAUACGCAUGUCCAUGUGGUUAUGCGACUGUCCAUCGAAAUACCAUCAUUCGCCACAUGUUGAAGCAUGCAGCCGUCGAAGGCGAGAAACAUUAUGAGUUCACCGAUCUACUAACACCAGCGGAAGCUGAACGAAUAGAAAAACUGACAGAAGAGUGCUUUCGCGAAUACAAAACAGUUCCACGUCACAGCGAUGAACAAGGAGAUGAACUGACAAGAACAUUGGAAUGCAUCGCCACCGGCGCAGGUACCUCAAUGCAGGAAGACCCAGUGCAGAACGAUGAAAUGGAUAACUCCCCACAAUGA